CAAGACAACGCAUCUGGCUCUGACUCUCAAGGCAAGGAGGAGAAAGACCUCGAUGACCAUGUGCCAUGAAUCCAGCUGCCCAGAACGCAUGAUGUCUAUGGGUCCAAUUUCAACCACCUCAGAAUGGCCCACGGCGACAAACCUGCACAAAUGCCUUCAUCUGCUGCUGCUACCAACCCCGACCACGACACGCUGAAAUACUCCCUGUUAGGCCCUUCCCUCACCAAAGCCGGCCAAGGCUCGGUCGACCAGUCCAAGGUCUCUGAGGUCAUCUACAAUGCAUCCAAGGGAUCCAAGUUCUUCAAUCGCGAAGAGGCCAAAGAUGUGAUUCUCACCAAGAAAAUCACCGCAAUCCUUGCCAAGAAGAGCCGCCUCGAGAAGCUCGACCUUUCGCGAGAACUUCGACAAGCUGAUCAGCUCAUCACGCAACUCGAGGCCACCCGCGACCUCACACAAUGGGUUGUACACGUGGACUGCGACGCCUUCUACGCCGCGGUGGAACAGCUGGACCGCCCCGAACUGAAGGAGGUCCCAUUCGCCGUCGGCGGCGGCGUGCUGACGACAUGCAACUAUAUCGCGCGGAAAUACGGAUGCCGCAGCGGCAUGGCCGGCUUCGUGGCCAAAAAGCUGUGCCCAGAUCUGCUGCUCAUCCCCCUCAACUUCGACAAAUACACAGCCAAGGCACACGAGGUGCGCGAGGUCCUCGCCGAAUACGAUCCCAGGUUCGAGAGCGCUAGUAUCGACGAGGCCUACCUGAAUAUCACCGAGUACUGCAACGAACACGGUUUGAACCCCGAAGAGGUAGUGCAGCGUAUGCGCGAGGAAGUACACGAAAGAACCAAGAUCACGGUAUCUGCUGGCAUUGCUGCAAAUGCCAAGCUGGCCAAGAUAUGUAGCAAUAUGAACAAGCCGAACGGGCAGUAUAUCCUGCCCAACCGACGGAGCGCUAUCGUGAGUUUCAUGCGUGACCUGCCUUGUCGGAUGGUCAACGGAAUCGGCAGGGUUCUCGAGAGAGAGCUGGCGGAAGUAGGAGUGAAGACAUGUGGAGACAUAUACCCAGAGCGGAAAUAUCUACGGCAGCUGUUUGGAGAGAAAACCUACGAGUUCCUGAUCAUGGUUCAUCUGGGUCUUGGCCGUACCAACGUUCAGCCGGCGGAGGAGCAUGAACGUAAAAGCGUGGGUACCGAGAGCACUUUCCGUGACAUGUCAGAUCCGGCCCAGUUGAGGGACAAGAUGAAAUGGCUGGCGGAAGAACUGGAGAAGGAUAUGCGCCGUGCCGAAUGCAAGGGUCGGACAUUAUGUCUCAAGGUCAAAUUGCACACGUACGAGGUCUUCACAAGGCAAGUGGUCACGCCAAAAGCAAUUUAUCUGGCAGAUGAUCUAUACAACCAUGCGCUCCCCAUGUUAGCCAAGGUAGAGCAGGAGAUGCCCAGCCUGAAACUCAGGCUCAUGGGUUUGCGGUGUACCCAUCUCGUCAGUACGAAGAAGCCGGACACACGUGCGUUCUUCGGUUUCAAACCCAGACGUAUAGAAUCUAGUGAUUUGACUCCUGAUUCUUCUACCAUGAAGCGGAAAGUGGAUGACAGCGCAGAAGGGGAAUGGGAGACUUGGCCAGAAGAAGAGCUAGUUGACAUAACCGAUGCUGAGCUCGAGGCCUCCGCGUCUGCACUGCUGGGAAAUGAGCGGGAUGACGGUCCAGGCGACAACUACCGCCAUCACGGAAAAGAAGUUGUGCCAAAUCCCAAGCCCAAAAAGAAACCCGUAUCCGCGAAACUGGAGGAGAAGGCGGAGGAGGAGGAGGAAGAAUGGUGGGAUUGUCCGAUAUGCAGUCGGCCGCAAACUGCGGACGAAAGGCAAUUCAACGAGCAUAUCGACCUGUGUCUUUCGCGGCAGACGAUCCGGGAUGCUGUGCAACGAGAGACGGAGAGCAUUAGCCCGGUGCCACGGAAUAACGAGCCUCCAGAUGCAAAUAAACGGCUGAAGACAAACAGUGGUGAGAAGAAAAGAGGUCAUAAUUCGAAUGCCGCCACCGUGGACCCGAAACAGCGGAAGCUCUUCUUCGGUUGAAGUACAUGCUCUAGCUUAGUCGGUUAUGAGAUUAUGAUAAUGAAGAUAGGACCUUUCGUAGACCGACGAGUUUCAAAGAAGUUCCAGAAAUGAUGUAACCCAACCAUGAAAUUGCUG